UGUCAUGCUGUCAAAAUAUACGCAUGCGUUAAAGCCAUCUCUUUUCCAUUUUCUAGCUCGAAGAGGGCAAAAUGGUCCAACGAUUAGUCUUUAGAAGACGGUUGUCUUACAAUACAAAAUCCAACAGGAGGCGAAUUGUCCGCACUCCUGGUGGUAAACUCGUAUAUCAAUACCUGAAAAAACCCAAGAAGAUCCCCAGAUGUGGUCAGUGCAAAGACAAACUUAGAGGUAUUCUCCCUGCCAGACCUCAAGAAAGGUCUAGAUUGUGCAGAAGGAAGAAGACAGUUAAGAGGGCAUACGGUGGUGUCCUAUGCCACAAAUGUGUUAAAGAAAAGAUUGUUCGCGCUUUCUUGAUUGAAGAACAGAAAAUCGUAGUUAAAGUUCUUAAAGCCCAACAAGCUGUAGUUAAACCAUCUAAGAAAUAGAGCUAAUAAAUGUUUAAUUUUU